AUGACAUUAAUAAGUUUUGCAAUAGAGUUAGACCAAACUAUUCAAUAUUUCAAUAAGACACAAUUCCACACACUAUUCUCUGAAGAUGGCUUGCAAGAAUACAAAACACUAAAAAGAUUACUCCAAGUGUUGUUUGUUUUCAGUGGAUUGUUAUAUGUUAUUUUAAGAACUUAUCUCAUUGUAUAUAAUACCUAA